UCAUAUUGUAUUGUAUUCUAACAACUUAUUCUAUACUUUGGUUGAUUUUUGCUAUAAGGAAACUAGACUUGAAAUCUGCUGAAGGCAGGCCUACAUGAGGCCCUGUCAUUGCAAAGUGGCUAGCAGAUAUAAUCACAGAUGAUUUAUAUAUAAUCUUGUCCAUUUUAUCAUGGAAAUUGUCAUUUAUAUUGAUACUGAGGGGUAUUAAAGAAACAUGAGAUUAAUUAUAUUAAAUUUUCUGACAAGUACAUGCUUAAUUGUAAUUUGUACAACUAAUCUUUACAAUCUCCAGUGACCAGGUCUACCCCAUAACUUACAUGGGUAUCUAUAUCUUUCUGAGGGCAAGUGUACAUGAUUUACCCUUACUGGAUAGUUCCUGCUCAGGAGCAACAAUUAUAAACAACAAUAUCACAAUUCAACUGAUUAAGUAACAUGGCAACAUUUGAAUCCAGAUCUGAUUUGUAUUUGCUAUCAGAUUGCCUUUUGCCUUUGUUUUUUAAGUUCAAGAAAAUACUGGCAAUUCUAGGUGCCAUCCACUCAUCUGGUAUCAAAUUCUGAUCAUUCACGAUUAGACAUCGUAUCAUUUCCUGACUAUACAGAAUUCGACACCAAGUGGUAUUCUUUUAUAUGCAAAAGAAAAAUGUGCCUACUGUCGAAACUAUCAUCAUGUGCUGUCCUCAAUUCUUGAAUAAACCCUGUGUCAGCUAUAGGAGUCGAAUGUUCACACUCAGGUAACCUGGGACUCGAGGAGAUUGUGCAUUUUAUGGAAUUAAAUUAGUAGAUUAUAUGGGGAUUAGGGUUGGAUUAAGGUCAGUAAUCCAGAUUUUUUGAUUUGUUCUCAACUCUCAAGCUUAUCCUAUGUAUAUUUUUUAAGAAUUGUUGCAUCUGGUGCAGCUUCCUAGUGAAGCUGUAGGUACAUGCUAUGAAUAUAAUAUCUUACUCGAUUAAAUUUAAUGUUCUGGUAGUAAAUUAAAGUAUAAGUCACAUGAAAUCCACGUCCCAAUGUUUGAUGUACAUAUAUAAUACUAUGUUUUAGCAGGUGUGCCUUGUUAUAGUUGUUAAACUGAAAUGCCCAUGGCUUGAUUCUGAAUCUUUCUAUUUGUUGUUGCCAAGCAAAUCUCAAGUCUUUUGAUAGACCACCACAUGUCCAUAUGGAACUGCGCCAUCCCAGAUUUCCUAUCGAUCUAAUACUGUUCUUCUGAAGAGCCUUAAGCAAUUCUCGCGAUUCUCUUGAUUAUUUGUAACCGUUUGUCACAUGGUAUCAACAAAUCUUCCUCCUAUCCUCAGUGAACUGCAGCGAAAUCGUACCUGUGAUUUGAAUUGUUAUGGUGCUGAGAGAAGAGAGUGCUAUGAUGAUUUGAGAGAGUAUGAAAAGUAUUCAGAUUUAUAUAGUGGUUUCCACUAUUAAUGUAUAAGAUUUCUAGAGAAAUGGUCAUCUAACACCUUUUUAACCAAAAAGGCUAGAGCUGUGCAUUAAUCAUUGUAGUUGCGGAUUAAUAUCAAAGCCAUCACUCAUUUGGUUCAAAUAUAUCUAAUUAGUCACUCAUUUUAAAAUCGACUCAAUUUAGUCUUGUUAGUAACUUUGUAUCAAGGAAACCAUCUGUCAGUGACUGAAUUAAUACAAAAUUUUAACUUUUUAAUGACUAAGUUGAUAUAAAUUUUCAAAUUGGUAAUAAAAUAACACUCUCAUGUUUACUUUACCCCUACAUCCUUCUGUUGCAAACAUGCAACUUUCUUAAAACACCAUUAACACAAAGUUCAACAGCUAAUGAAGAAGAAGAGUUAUUAGUGGCUUCAUUUCUUCUUGAAGAUACUAAACUAAUCAGUAAGUUAUUAAAUUAUUUAAACUAAUGACCAUCCAGGUAUGAAACAGACAGCUAAUCUUGUGGAGAUUAACCAACUAGCCAUUUUAGAUUAAAGUUCCAUGCAUUCCUCUCUGUCACUUUGCGCAAUGUGCAUAUCCAUUUUAUUAAUACCACCACUAUUAAUGUAAUUUUUUAAAAUUUCUCAGCCCAUAGGCUCGCCAUGUGAAUGUUUAGAUCGGUUUCUGAGCCCCUUUCGCGGGGAUAUAAAAGUAUAUUCUGCAUCUCUAGGAUCUUUCCCAGCUUCCUGACUCUCUUGCAUGCUUCCAGUUAGCUUUCCCAUCCACUCAUUGCUACAUAUAUACAGCUACUACACACAUGCACAAACCAUAGAAUAAUGCCUUCACUUGAUCAUAAUACACGAAAUGUAUAUAUAGUAUCUACAUGCCUAAGUGAUCAAUCAGGCUGCCUUAAUUGCUUCACCUUCCUGAUUAUCACACUAAUUAGUAUUUGUCUACGUUAUCAAUUACAGUGACAAUGCAUUGGUUAAAUAUGCAGAGGUGGAAGAAUGUUAUAUUUGAGAAAGGAAAAUCCUCCUCAGUGUCAAUAGGAUGCACAUCCUCUAUGGGAUGGAAGAAGAAGAAGAACAUUCCAGAAGUUACCAUUUUCGUUCCUGAAUUGAGGGUUCCUGUUAGAUCUGAUGAUCUUCAGAAGAUCCUUAGAGGUGUACUUCCCACAGAGGUUGUUGACAAAAUAAGCUGUCUGCGGAAUCAGAUUGUUUUGGUGGCAGAAGAUACUGGUGGAUCUGCAAUUCCUGACUUACAGCAAGCACUGGAGGAGUACUUGUCUCUUCUUGUAGGCGUCAACAGAAAAGAAGAAUGCGAGAUCCAAAAACUGGUGGAAUUCAAGUGGAAAAAUUUAUCAGAUGGACGACAAGAAGUUUGUGUUCAAAACUGGUGGUUUGAGGUUUACUCUGUGAUUCAUAUGAUGGCCACAUUGACAUUGACCGAGGCAAAUUCCAUACUAAUUUCCAAGGAUCAGAGUACUGGUAGCGACAGGAUUGUUUCAUCGGAUAGUAUGAGAAAUGCUGUUGAAUUAUUGCUGAAGGCGGCAGGGUACUUGGAAUUACUAAUCCGGGAUGUUCUGAUACACCUACCACCAGAUAUUAGGAGCAGGUUGCCAAACGAUUUGAAUGAGAGUACACUGGAGGCUAUUAUAGUUCAAGCACUGGCGCAGGGAACUGAAAUGCAGCUUGGUUUAGCUGUUGAAAGCCGAAAUGCAACUCUCUCUGUAAAAAGGAGACUGGCAUGUGAACAACUGAGUUAUUUAGGACAGGCUCAUUGUUGCUUGUCAACAAGCAACAACAAUCAAGGAUACGGGAAGAAACAUAUGUUGUUCAUCAAAUGGAAAUACCUAGAAGCAAAGGCUGCAGCUUACUACUACAAUGGUCUGAUGCUUGACAAGGGCACUGAACCGGCCUCCCACAUUUCCGCUGUUUGUUGUUUCCUUGCUGCUGAAAAUCUUCUCGCUGAAAGCAAGAAGGCCUGUUUGAGCUUCUGCCUCGCUGUUCCUGUAACCAGACCGCCUCCUAUAUGGGGUGCAAUGAAGAAUCUUAACAAAAAGAUUCCAGAGAUUGCAUCAAGAAAGUCUCAGAUGUAUGGCUACCUAAUGGAGCAGGAGAAGGGUCUACAAAUCUUGCCUGAUCUUCCUGAAUUUCAGUUGUCGCUAAAACCAGAAGAUUACCAAUUGCCAGAGCCACAUUUAGCAUGGGAUACUGAAAAUAUGGAAAUCACUUGGCAAACCCCUAACGAGCAACUUGUAUAUAGUGAAGAUGAUAUUGACAUUAACUAAGUUUAUGUAUCUGCUGUAUGUUUUACUUGCUUUUUUCUGUUUAAAGCUUACCAGCACCUAAUCUCUCGAUCGAGGUGACUGCAUUCUUAAAAUUGAUAUCAGUAAAACAUGACAGAAAAUGUGCUCAUUGAUUCUGCUUGUGCAUAAUGUAGCUUUGAACCAGCAAAU